CUGAUCACACUUGGAACCUUACACACACACUCAGUUGUUUCUCAAGAAAGGCCGACACCGGUUCACGAUGUUUCUUUUGUCAUUUGCAUGUGAUGAAUUCCAUAUGUUAGAAGGAAUUUAGAAUCGUACAACCAGUCAGCAGCUACCCAUAAACCGGACCAACCUAUUAAGUCGAGCGGGCAGAAGCUGUGAUUCCCAGUGUAACACCGCAGACUGACGGCUAGUUUUCGGACUACAUUUCUGUGCGGAAGGAUUAAAAAACUACACCAGACUGGCGGCCAUGACAGAUGUCAGUUGGAAAUUUAAACAUGGACUAGAUACUUUGAUGUGUAGCAAAAAAGUUCAUCAUUGAUGGUGGUGUUUUUCUGUGAUAUAUUGACUGGGAUAGUAUUAUUCUUCAGAAAUACAGAGCUGUCAAUGCUGCAAUUUUGUUGUGAAAUUCACAAUCCAUGUCCAAAAGUGCUAGUUUUACUACACAGCAAAGAAGGAGAAAUUGUACCAGGCCGACACCAUGAGCCACUUUCAAUUCUGCUUUCCAAAUACUUAGUAAUAUAUAGAACUAAAUGCAGUUUAGCUAUGAGUGGAGUCCAGCAAUUAUGUCGCCAUUACCAGCAAAUCUAAUCAGUGUUCUAAUCAGCUGGAAAAUAAGAACAUUCAGUUAUAAACCAGUUAUUCUUCAUGGAUUUUUGUGGAGUUUAUGAACAUUCAGUUAUAAACCACUGAUUGUAUUUGAGUAGAUACAAAUAUUCAAUUAUAAACUGGCGAUAGUACAUGUAUGGAUUUUUGAGCAAAUUAUAAUUGUGUGCAUUAUCAGAAUAUUUCUGUGGUAUUAGGAAAUGAUUUACUUUGACAUUCGGAAAAGAGUGACUGUAUGAAUAGUGUAGUUCAGUAGGUUAUUAAAAAAUAAAAGUGUAUACAUGUACUGGUAUUAUAUUUUUUUAAUAUGAGAAGUUGUACCACUGGAGUGGAAAACACAAACAGUAACAGUUGACAGUGAAAUUUUUAUUAAAAAAUCAAAGGGCGUAAAGAGAAAAUUAAAAACUAAGAUAAACGGAGAAGAAAACUAAAGCAGUAACAGUUGACAGGAAAUUUUUAUUAAAAAAAUCAGAACGGUGUAAACAGAAAAUUUAAAACUUUUACAAAGUGGCUUUUUUAUGUGAAAGUGGCACAGUAAGAUGUUUUACAGUCUAAAGUACAAGAAAUUUACAGUCGGGUACAGAUAUUAACUGAGUGUGCAUGGAUGAACCCGAACUUGUUGAGAGAACAGAAUCUGUGCAGUGUUCUACAGAUAGUUCGGAAACAGCUAAUGUCAGUCAAGGUUCUUCUGAUGUAAUGUCGUCAAUGCCAUCAGCUAGUUGUAAUGUAUCAAUGAAUGUCGAUAUGGAAGACAGUGGUUUUGAGCCUGGUACCCUAGAAGAUGGAAGUUUUGAGCCUGAGAUACCCGUCUUUAACUGUGGAGACCUUGCAGUACCCGUGAUAAUUAAGAUAGGACAACAAGUGAUGAGUUUCAAGACAUUUUGUCAGAACAGACUGUCCGUGUGUAUACAAGACACUCCACAGCUGAUAAUGAGAAGAAAACAUGCUGCUGUUCAAGUGGCACCAAAGACCGUUACUAGAGAAACCCAAACAGAGGUGCCUUACCCACUAAUGGACAUGGCUGGAAAUGAACUUGAUUCCACAUUAAAUAGUAGCAUGAAUGUAAGUACUUCAAAGGAGGAUCCGGACUGGCAUCCAGAUGAUAGUUAUACUAGUGACAUUGUAGAGGAAGAGAAUGGAGUAACAAAUGAAAGUACAGAGAGAAAACUUAUUGUUUGAGAAAUAGUUAGACAAAUUGUUCGAAAAGUUUGAUUUAUGUGGAAGUAGACUUAUAAUUAUGAAAAAAAACUAAUGGGACUUUACUAAAAGUCGAAAUGACAUGUGAAAGAUGCCACGAGAAGAGUAACUGGUACAGUCAACUAUGUCGGGAACAAUGGCCCUUGGGAAUUUGAUUCUCGGAGCAGCAAUUUUGUUAGCAGGUUUGAGUCCCAUUAAAGCUUUAAACAUGUUGACAUGCUCGGGAAUUGCUUCAUUUUGUGAUAGAACAUGUGCCAAGUAUCAUGUCAGUGUGGACUUUGCAUCAGGCUCAGCAAAACGAAGUGACGAAACAGGCAGGAAAACCACUAUGCCUUGGAGGGGAUGCCAGAUGUGAUUCACCAGGCCACACAGCAAAAUAUGGAUCGUACUCUAAUUGAUUUAGAACGAAAUAAGAUUCUGGAUUGCCAGUUA